AUGGCAGAGGAUGAGCAUGGGAACUUCCCCGGCAAGAUGCAGGUUCAGCUUGCCGACAGGGACUCGCACAUUUGGCAAAAGUUGAGACUCGACACCAACGUCGCCCCUUGUCCUCCCUGUAUACCUCGGGAGAUGUACAAGAUAAUUAACAUCCAGACCUCAACCCUUGCCCAUCUGGAGAACAACGGAAACGUUUCAGGCUUCUGUUACAACGAGGGAAGGAACCAACUCUGGGAACCGAUCCCCUAUGAGGGCUCCAUGAGGUCGUACCUCUACUACUUCAAGAAUGUCUUCAAUGGGAAGUACCUCGGUAUACGAAAGCACGAAGAAGCGAAACACGAGACUCGAGUCAUCGGUUGCGAUGAGCCUUUUCUCUGGAACGUCGUCCCUGACGUUGGAGUAACAGAUGGGUACAGGCUUUUUGUCCCAUUCACCGAGAAGAAUAUGGAUCUUUGUGGGGAUAGCCCGGCACCGGGGACAGUAAUCCAUUUGGACCCUCGCCGGAUUCCUGGUAAAUGCUGGAAGUUUGAACGAGUCUAUCAAGUUGAAGACCCUCGUGAUGUUUUCGGAAAUGAACUUCAGCUGGGACCUCCAUAA